AUGACGUCUUCGGCCGGCGGCUCAAUCGCAUUCUUCGUCCUCGCCCUCCUCACCAUCAUCGGCCUCGUGCUUCUUCUUCUGCGAUAUUACCUCCCUCUCCGCACAACACCUGCCUACGUAGUCGUCCCCGUGUUCCUGGCCAUUGCCCUCCCAGCAAGCAUCGUCGUGCUCCUCCCCGUCGAUCUCGCAAGCAGCGCCGGCAUAGCCACGGAUGGUGCAAGGGGGAUCUGGCUGCCCGACACCGUCGUGUACAAAUCAUGGCGCAUUGUGUAUUGGCUUACCUUUGCGCUGACAUGGGCCAUCCUGCCGAUGCUAGGCGAGUACUGCGAUUCGGGCUAUCGAGAGCCCAAGGCCCGGAUGCUGUAUGCGCUGAGGAGUAACGGGCGGUAUUGGUUGAUUAUGCUGGGAAUCGGUCUGGUUGGGUCAAUAUAUCUGAUUUGGUGGAAUGGGUUCGAAAGGGAUACUUUCAAGUCGCUGGUCAUGGCGCUGGCAUACACGUGGGGGUUGAUACUGGGCAUCUAUCUCAUGGGCCACGGGCUGGUCGCAUUCCCGAGGAGUCUGUUCCGGUAUGCGAGUGUGAGUGCGCGCUUGAAGAGGAUACAGAGUUCUGCGCCCAAGAUUCACGAGAAAUUGCAUGAUGCGCUGGAGAUGCUGGAGCAGUACGAAUAUCAGGUUGUGCAGCUGAAGCAGCGGAAAAAUGCGAUUCCACGCGAUUUUCAAGAAUGGAUCGACGAGUUGGCGGAGAAGAGCAAUUUGCCAGAAAGUAGAGUAGGCGCAUUCGCACGAACAAACGCAACCACCAUCCCACCCGUAGUCACAGAACGCUACCUGGCCGACCUGACGCGCAAACUGAAACGAGCGCGUCACGCAAAAGCCCGCUUCGAAAACGAAUGGGACCAUGUGGUCCGCCGUGCCCUGCGUACGCAGGCUAUCCUCGACUCCAAAGCCAGUAAACGCCUGGAAUUCAUAGCAUCGCAGGCUGGUCUUUUUGACCGUCUAAAGUUGCAUACACCAUACACACGUUACCACCUACACGUUCACAUCAUUCCUGCGCUAACCUAUCUCACCUGGAUUAUCGCAGUCCUAGCCUCCAUCUCGAUCGUAUGGUCUGAAUGCGUGCGCGAAGCUCAGGAUUUUGGAGGCCAAAAAUUAUCCAUCAUCGGCUGGACCGUUGUUCACCGCGUCGAGAGCGGCCGGUCGUCUAUCGGGUUCAACAGCCAAAUCAUCGCAGCAGCAUGGCUAUGCUACAUGUGCAUCUGUGCCUUCUACUCGCUCACCGAGAUCAAAAUCUGGGGCAACCGCGCGCUCGUCCGCCGCAACACGUACCAAGAAUCCGCCACCUGGUACGGGCUGCAGGUGGCCAAGCUAACCGUGCCCCUGAGCUACAACUUCCUCACCAUGACGGACAAGACGAUCUGGAAGGGCACCAUGUUUUACAAGUUUCUGGGCCGGCUGAUUGUGCUGACGCCGCUGGGCGAGGGCUUCAGCGCAUUUUUCCCAAUCUUCAUCCUCGUCCCCGUGUUUGCGACGGCGUUUGGGCUCUAUGGCAAGGUGAAGAGUAUCUGUGGCUUUGGCGAUUUGCUCGAGGACGAAGAGGAGGAUGCGCGAGGCGGGUAUGCGGGCACGGGGUCCUGGCGCGAAGGCCGCGCGCUCAUCGAGAGGGAAUUGCAGGCUGCAAAUGGCAAUGCCCUGGGUCUCAGCGCAAGGUCUCCUACUUCGCCGCCCAAUGAAGAGUAUGCGGAUUCUUCUACGCCCGCUCUUCUGUCCAACGGCACCACAACGGGAAUCGGUGCCGAACCCGGUACCAGUCGACAGCAACCUAGAUUACACACGCGACCUGAGCGUCGCAGACUCCUCGACGACACUGCCACCGACGAUGACGACGAUUCCGCCAAUUUCCUGGAAACUUUUGCAAGUAGAGUCAAGAACACGUUUGAGAGUGCCGACUUUUCGGUUCCGAGGCCGAGGUGGCUGGGCGGGGAUGAGCAAGCGGAUCUCGUGGGCAGGAGUCGGAGGAGUAGAACUGGGGAGCGGGCGGCGGAUCGCGGAAAUUCCUUCUUGGGCCUGUUUGGCGGACGGGGGGAUGAGGGGCGAUUGCGGCUGUGA